CAGGCCCAGUCACUAUCGCGCAGCCUAACAGAGCGGAACUUCCCUGGAGGAAUCAUCUUCAACUCGCAUCAGGAAUCAUGGCGGAGGUGGUAGAAGCGACGGUGGUCGUGGAAGAGUUAGGUCCCGCACAGUUCGGUGCGGUGGAUUAUAUCGUCUUCAUUCUGCUGGUGGUGGUAUCGAUGGGCAUAGGCGUGUACAGUGCUCUCAGGAACCGGGGCAACUCCUCCACCCAAGAGUACCUGCUGGGGGGCGGACAGAUGCCUCUCCUCCCCGUCACCCUAUCACUCAUCGGUGGGGUGGUAUCCGCCCUCUCUAUCCUUGGUAAUGCGACAGAGAUGUACUUUUAUGGGACCCAGCUGAGUAUGAACCUACUGGGGUGUGUGAUAGGGACCUUUCUGGUGCAAGUCCUCAUCAUUCCUGUGAUCUGUCAACUUCAAAUGGUGUCUAUGAUGCAGUACCUAGAGAUGCGGUUCCAUUCAACAGCAUUACGGAAGAUAGGAACCCUCUGCCAGCUGAUAGCAAUGUUUUUCUUCCUGGGAAUCUGCCUCUACGCUCCCUCCCUCGCCCUCUCCUCUGUGACUUCCCUCCCCACCUGGGCGUCUGUCGUCGUCAUGGGAUUCAUCUGCACAAUCUAUGUCACUAUUGGAGGAGUGAAGGCAGUUGUGUACACAGACGUGAUCCAGACGAUGGUCAUGUUGUUUGGUGUACUGGCAGUGGUGAUCCAGUGUAUCUACCAGCUGGGCGGGUUCCAGGCCGUGUGGCACACCUCGCAGCUGGGAAAUCGCAUCGAGUUUUUUAACAUGGACCCGAGCCCCUUCGUGCGUCACACCGUGUGGUCGACGCCGAUAUUGGGCAUCUACUUCAUCAUCAGUGUAGUUGGUCUCUCUCAACCUCAGUAUCAGCGCUGUGCCUCCUUAAAAAACACCCAAGAGCGUAAAUGGCUCCUCAGACUUUUCAUUGUGGGACUGUUGUUGUUGUGGGGGUUGUUCUACCUGUCUGGCCUAGUUGCUUAUGCAACUUACAGUAAGUGUGAUCCGCUCACCUCAGGGAAGAUAACAAAGGCUGAUCAAAUCAUUCCAUACCUGGUGAUGGACAAGCUGGGUCACAUGCAGGGCAUGGGGGGGCUGUUUGUGGCAGCUGUGUAUGGUGGCGUUCUCAGUUCCAUGUCGUCUCAGGCCAACUCAAUUGCUUGUAUCAUAUGGGAAGACUUCCUGAAGGAUCAACCAUACUUCAAGACCUUCAGCAACACUGCCGCCACCAACACUGUCAAGUUGCUCUCUGCAGUCACAGGGAUACUGUCAGUGGGUUGUGGUUUGCUGUCAGGACAACUGGGCUCGCUGUUUAACGUGGCGUACAGCAUCAACGGUGCCCUGAAGGGACCGCUAGAUGGUGUCUUCCUUACUGGAAUUCUUGUGCCUUGGGCCAACAAGAAGGGUGCAUUAGCUGGGCUGAUCAUAUCAUCUACUUUCAACAUGUGGCUGGUGAUUGGCAAGUUUAUCCAAGGUGGUGGCACACCUCCAUACCUUCCUCUCUCUACUGAAGGUUGCCUUGUAAAUGGCUCACAUCCUUUACUUAUCAACAGUACUACAGCCUACAGCUUCCCUAACUCUCCCACCACCACAGUUCCUUCAUCCUACACCUCUACAGGCAUCAAUCCUGUCGCCAGCACUCAUAACCCUCAAAUUGAAGCAAUAGAUGUCAGUUCUACCAGCCACACCAUCUAUGACAUCUCCUACUGCUACAGUGGCAUUAUGGGUGUCAUCAUCACCAUGGUGAUCAGCAGCCUUGUCUCUCUCUGUACAGGCCCUGUUGCUCCAAAGAAUGUAAACAAGAAAUUGGUAAACUUGACGUGUGCCAGACUGCAUCAUCAACUGUGGCAACUCUUGCCCAAUCAUGACUCUUAUAGCAAUGACAUGGAGGAUAAAGUUGCACCUAACUUGACCACAUCAGCCAGCACUGGUCUUGAUGAUGUUCAACAGCUGACCAAAAAACAAACUGGAAGCAGAGAAGAUUACCCCAACCUGUGACACUCAAGUAGUGAUAAUAAUCCCAAGAUCUAAGGACUACUGUACACAACACUUGACACUCACAGAAUGACAGUAACCACAAGAUUCAUUUUCUGUAAUCUGGUUGGUAAUGAUACUGAGAUAAUACAAGGACUAAUCCAAGUUGGUAAUACUCUUGUAGUAACUGAAAUAGAGAUUCAGGUACCAAUGAAAUUAAAUGCACUUAAGUAAUGAUGAAAACUCACAGAUCCAGGGACUGUAUACCAUUUGAUAACACUUAUGGCAUGACAAGUGAUGUGGACAUUUAAAGAUCCUUAACUGCUUGAGGACUGUUAAUCUGCUGAGGCAUUUAAUGGUAAUGGUGACCUGAAACUCAAGAGAUUGUGUAGUGUUGUAAGACAACAGUACAAAUUGCCCUCAUUACUGUUUUAUCUUUGGCCUUACUGUUGCAUGUGAAUAAACAGUAAUUGUGCCUUUUUAUAGUAGUACACUUAAGGACAGAUUGCAUUUCACAUAGUAUAAUAAGCAUUAUUUUUAUGUACUUUGAUAUACAAUUUUGAACUCUUGCACACUAAAUGGAUUCAGGAAACUGU